AUGCAGUUGAAUGUGUGUAUAUUUCUUAUCGGUAUAGUAUUGCCGACAUUUAUCUUGGGAUCCCAAGGAAAACCGAAAGGACCAAAAGUAACAGACAAAGUUUAUUUUGACAUCAAAAUUGGUGAUACUGAUGCUGGCCGUAUAGUUAUUGGUUUAUUUGGCAAAACUGUUCCGAAAACAGUAAAGAACUUCAAAACCUUGGCAGAAGGCACAAUGGAACGUAAUGGCAAAACUUUGGCAUACAAGGGAAGCACUUUCCACCGUGUCAUCAAAAGCUUCAUGAUUCAGGGAGGUGACUUUACCAAGGGAGAUGGAACUGGGGGUGCCAGCAUUUAUGGAGAAAGGUUUAAUGAUGAAAACUUCAAGCUGAAGCAUUAUGGCUCUGGUUGGCUAUCAAUGGCCAAUGCUGGAAAAGACACAAAUGGUUCUCAAUUUUUUAUUACAACAGACAAGACUUCAUGGCUUGAUGGGCGCCAUGUUGUAUUUGGUGUUGUCCUUGAAGGAAUGAGUGUUGUUCGGAAAAUAGAAUCAACGAAGACUAGUAACGGAGAUAAACCAAUCAAGAGUGUUGUUAUAGUAGAAUGUGGUUCACUUCCUGUAGAGGAACCAUUUGCUGUAGCUAAAACAUCUGCUCCUGAAUAA